AUGAACAAGACGCAGUUCUACCUGUCCCAGUGCGCCGACGCGGCGUCCAAGUCGCCGAUGUCCUUCACGCUCGGCGCGGUGCUCGUCAAAGGCGGGAAAGUGAUCUCCUCGGGCUAUAACCACCACCGGCCGCACUACGACGGCCUGCAGGUCCGCACGCACGGGCACCGCAAGCCGGUGUCGAUGCACGCCGAGAUGCACGCCAUCUACGCUCUCACGGGCAUGAGCCCCAGCUUCCGCUCUCAGCGCGCGGGCAAACAAAUCGAAAGAGAAUCUCCACCGCUUAAAGGGGCGGCGCCCUUCGCCGCCGGCGAGGGGCACCCCCAACAGCGUCUUUCACGUGCCGGCGCGGUCGCAUAA